ACACCACCUACCUGCUGUAUAAAAGCCAUGGCAUGAUUCAUCUGCUUCAAAUUAUCAGUUCAGUGUGCCAAAUAGGUCCAGCUCACUAAGAGUUUUAGUCCACUGCUCCAUCACAAGUUUCUGGUAUGAAGAUGAAGAAUCUUCUUUUGGGAGUGAUUCUUGGACUUCUUGCGGUUGUCCACUCGACACCUAUUGACAAUGUUAACCAGAUCCCCACCAAAGCUGAGGAUGAUGUUCUCCAAGAGGCGAUGAUGGACGAGUUUCUCAUUCUUCCCACAACUGAAUCCCCCAAAAGAAACACAACCAUUCAAGAAUCACAGCAGCCAUUCUCUGACUCCAAAAAGAGUGACCUGAUUGAGGGCAGUGCUACAGGGGACAACAGUGACUAUUCCAUGACCUUCAUGUUACUCCAUCAUGGAGGCGAACACUAUGCAACUCAUGUUUCACAUGCACAGAGCUCUACCUCCACAGUGUUGCCAAGGAACACUGAUGACUACACUUCAGAUUCAUCUACCACCCAAAGCACUCAGUCUAGUUUUACCUCUUCAUCAAUGCCACAGUCAAGUGUCACCCCAGACCACAUCUCAGCCUUUCAAACUAUUGACCCCGCUGUCAACAGCUUUGACAGUUCUGAUUUAGGGUCUGGGGGUGAAGCGAUGCUGGAACAGAACCCUGAUACAAGCUCCAGUAUGACCUCUAGCUCCAACACAGAAACUAGCACUGCAUCCUCAACCUCCAUGGCUGUCCCACAAAUCUUUGAAGAAAGUGAAGGACCAGAAAUACCAGUGUCAUCUGGAAAGCAACGCAGUUUGCAGAACUUACCACCCAAUAAUGAACCUGUCAAUCCUGCAUCACCCCAGAACAGUACACCAGGUUGGAUCAUUGUUGUUGGUUUUAUUGCUGGUGUUGCAGCACUGGUAAUACUCUCCGUUGCCAUCGCUACCAGAGACAAGUGGUAUGGACCAAAUCAGGCAUCUCAGCUAGAGACCAAAACAAACUCCUCGAACCAGCAGAGGGAGCAAGAGAUGGAGACGUUCCUGUACAAAGACAAUCCCAGAGAGAAUGGAAAGGCGGCAGAAUACACAGUCAUCGCUCUUGAUGAGCUUCCACAGAAAUAUUCAUCACACUGACGUUGAGAAACAUACUCUCUAGAAGCUUCAGACUCAUCUCAGAGCCACAAGACUGUGUUUGAAACAGAGGAAUUUGAUUAGAGGAUCAAAUCUGUUAGGGCUAUUGAGCAAAAAUAUUCUUUGGACUUUCAUAGCUCUGAGCCCAGUCUGAAGGAGAACCGGGGUUUUCCAGCGGACUCAAAAACUCUUCACAUAUAUCUUUAUUUUGGACUUAGAAUGUAUUUAUUGUCAUAUCAAAACUUUUUAAACUGUAAAAUACAAACUGGUCGGGUAAGAUGCACCAAUGCCAUUUGUUUCAAACUGAAAAACCUAUACAGAGUGUGUUUUUUUUUAUUUACUCACAGGUCUGUUAGUGGACACAAGACCGUGAUUCUGUGGUUUGGUGAAAAUGUCUUUUUUCAAGUUAAAAUACAUACAGUAUUAUUUUAAAUGUCUUUGUAAUAAUAUUAUUAAAGACCAUGUUGUGAAUGGUAAUUUACAUUAAGCUGCUCUGUUUGCCCACAUUCAUUAUGGGAGCUCUGUACUGAACAGUGCUCAGCCCACUCACUCAGUAGCUUCUCUUAACACCCUACACAGCUGUUAUAUAUAUGCUGUUAUUGAAUGUUCAUAUCACAUCUGCCCUUAUCUGAAAAAUAAACCACAACGGAGGCUCAUCAAUAAA